AUCCAUAAUGAAGACUCUUCAAGUAUACUCAGUGAUAUUCAGUUUAUAGUGACAGCUUUAGCCUGUGAAUUAAAAGAAACAAAUGAAGAAAUAAAAAGCAAAAGACUGGUCGAAGAAUACAUUAAUAAGACCAGACCAGUUGUACUUGCUAACCCAAGGUAUAGACUGCAUUAUCAUAUUGCACCACCAGUGGGUUGGAUCAAUGAUCCUGCUGGGUUUACCUACUACAAAGAAAAUUACCAUGUUUUCUACGAAUACAACCCUUUUAAUACUUCUUAUGGUAAAACACAUUGGGGCCAUGUGAUAAGCAAUGAUCUAGUGACAUGGACACAACUACCAAUAGCUUUGAUACCUGAAGAAGAAUUGUGUUUCUCUGGCAGUGCGAUUGAAGUAGAAGGUACGCUAGUUCUCAUGUAUACUGCACAUAAGAACAAUAAAUAUAGUUUCAAUGAAACUCAGUACCUAGCAUUCAGUAACGAUGGAGUGGUUUUCAACAAGUAUGUAAAGAAUCCUGUUAUUUCGUUUGCGAAUAACAAUUAUUUAGAUUUUCGUGAUUCCAAAGUUUGGAGGCAUGGUAAUUGGUACUAUGUUGUGACUGGCAGCCGAAGUUCUGAAUACAAAGGCAGGGUCCUUCUCUACAAAUCCAAGGAUAUGGAAUAUUGGGAAUACGUCAGUGAAAUUGCCAAAAAUAAUGCUGAUUUGGGCUACAUGUGGGAGUGUCCCGAUUUCUUCGAGUUAAAUGGUCGUUUUGUGCUCCUCAUAUCACCUCAAGGUCUUACAAAUAAGACUACAGACAGGUUUCAGAAUCAAUUCCAAGUUGGAUAUAUUAUUGGUACCUUUGAUUAUUCUACUGGUAAUUUUAAGGAAGAGGUAUCUUUUCAAGAGCUUGAUUACGGUCAUGACUUUUAUACUACCCAAACUUUAGAACAUGAAGGUGUAAGAUAUUUAAUUGCAUGGAUGGGAUCGUGGGAUGCUACUUUUCCUGAACGAGAAGACGGAUGGGCCGGAGCUAUGACUAUUACCAGACAAUUGACUUUAAACGGAGAUAGAAUCCUCAUGAAACCAGUUCAAGCUAUAGAAAAUCUUAGAGGACCACCGAUCUUUGACGGAUAUCUGGAACCUGACAAUAUAAUAUCACUGAACCAAACAGGAGAGCUUAUUAUAACUGUCAAUGUGACAGAAGAUCUAAUUUUGAACAUCAGAGGUGAGAACGACGUUGCUCUGCUUAUUCUUAAAUGGGAUAUGGCUACGAAGAAGGUUGUGUUAGACAGAAAUGGUGAAAUAAGACAAGGGGAAUGGAAACCUAUACUGUCAACAUCCUGGAGAGUAUUUUUAGAUGCCAGUUCUAUUGAGGUUUUCUGUGGAGAAGGAGAAAUGACAUUCACAUCAAGAGUAUAUCCUAAUGGUAUGUGGAGAGUAGUUAAUAGGAGUGUUCAAGCAGUUAAUGUUACAGCUUAUUCGUUAAAUAGAAGUGUUCCUUUGUGAAA